AUGGCCAAGAGCUCGCACAAAAACACCAAGGCCCCUCUUCCGUCAAAAAAGUUUGCUUCAGGGGAGAAUUUUUACACAGACAAAACCAAGCUAGCAAGAAAGAAGCUACUUAAAGGUGGAAAGCCUAUAAGAAAUAAAAAGGGCGAUAUAAUUAGAGAUGCCCCGUUUGCCAAAAAGAUUGCAGAUUCGCCGGUGGUAAGAAUCGAGCCCAACAGAAAAUGGUUCGGAAACACGCGAACCAUGUCCGUUGAAAAUAUUGAAAAGUUUAGACAAGAAAUGGAAAACCGCACAGCUGAUCCGUAUCAAGUUCUGCUGCGCCAAAACAAGCUUCCAAUGAGUCUUCUUCAAGACGUCAAGAGAUCGACAUCCUCGAAUCUCCUCCAAGUUGAGUCGUUUUCUGCAACGUUUAGCAAAUCUGGCUCGAGAAAACGGCCCAAAAUUAUUGCAUCUUCACUGGAAGAGCUUGUAGCAAAGGCAGAAGAAGAGGCCAAAGUUUCGGAGGAACAAAACCAGACUCCACGUGGAGCAGACGAGGAAAUUGAUGAAAAUGAUCUUGCCGGCGGCACAGAUGUCUUGGAUGAGCCGAUUUUUAAAAAGGGCCAAUCGAAGAGGAUUUGGAAUGAGCUAUACAAGGUCAUUGAUUCCUCAGAUGUCUUGAUCCAUGUUUUGGAUGCCCGUGACCCGCUCGGAACUUUAUGUGCCUCUGUUGAGACGUUUCUUAAUGCCGAGGCAAAACAUAAGCAUCUUAUUUAUUUGUUGAACAAAUGUGACUUGGUCCCCCCGGCUGUCACAAAGAACUGGAUCUCAUAUCUCUCCAAAAAGCGGCCAACGCUUGCUUAUAAAGCCUCGCUAAAAAAUCCAUAUGGAAAGGGCUCCUUGAUUUCGCUUCUUCGGCAAUUUUCCAAGCUACACCCGGAGCGUAAGCAAAUUAGUGUCGGUUUUAUUGGCUUUCCCAAUACCGGGAAAUCUUCCGUCAUAAACUCUUUGAAGUCAAAACGUGUAUGCACAGUGGCACCCAUUCCAGGCCAAACAAAAGUAUGGCAAUAUGUAUCGCUCAUGAAGAGGAUAUAUUUGAUCGAUUGUCCCGGCAUUGUCCCGCAUUCUAUUCACGAUUCGCCCACAGAACUCGUCUUGAAAGGUGCUAUUAGAGUGGAGAAUAUAGCAACGCCAGAAGACCAUGUUGAUGAUAUCCUUAAACGGGUUCGAUUUGAACACCUGCGGAAAGUUUAUCCCUCGAUUGUCGAAGGAGCAACCUGUCUGGAAUUCAUCUCGCAAGUGGCCAAAAGCCGAGGAAAACUUUUAAAAGGCGGAGAGCCUGACGUCAGUACCGCUGCAAAGAUGAUCCUCAAUGACUGGAUCCGCGGGGAACUGCCCUAUUUUUGCAAUCCACCCGAUUACAAUGAAAGGGAAUAA